AAGCUAUCCAUAUACAGUUCAAAACAAAAACAAAAAACUAUUAAUUCAUAUUUCACGUAAAAAUGACCAACAUGAGGAAACUGCUGAGUAUCCUAAUGAUUCUUUGUGUAUGUCUCGAUUGGGGUUGUACUGAGGGAUCUGAACAAAGAGAGAGUUAUUUUGACACUAUUCAAGUCAGCUCUCUUUUCCCCUCAUCAUCAUCAUCUUGCGUUCUUCCUUCAAAAGCAUCUAAAACGAAGUCGUCGCUCCACGUGGUGCACCGGCAAGGCCCAUGCUCGCGUCUUAGCAGCGGCAAAACUGCCAGCAUCGUGGUGAGAUCCUCAGACUCGACGAGGAGCGCUUAAACUAUAUCACAAAUGGGCCGAGCAAAGCAAAACGACUAUUUUAGUGGCUAUGGACGUAACGAAGCUGGGUACAUCAAUCUACUAGGUAACUGUCUAAAUCGGGACACCGGCAGGGAGCCCAAUUCCGACAGUUACGUAGUAAAUUGAUGCACCGAGCUUCGUUCCGUCUAUAACCGUUUUGCUUUGCCCGGCUCCAUUUAUGAUAGAGUUGAAUUUGUUGACAAAAAAUGAUAAAUUCGAUUUAUUGAGUUUUCGUAAUGACUUAUAUAGUUACAGGUUAUUGGUUAACACAAUUACAUAGUUUUAAUGUGAUCGUUUAUAACUUUAUAUAUGUCAUUGUUUCUUGGUUGUUGGUGUUUAAAAUGGCUUUCGACCACUUUCCACAAUGUUUACUCUUUUAUUCCUUGUUAAAGAUGCCUUAAUUAGGUUAAUUAUCAACAAUAUUAUUAACUGAGUUGAGCAUGUAUAUUAGAGUGCUCUUAUGCUUCGAUAGCUUAAUACUUUUGCAAGGGAAUUUGUCAAUUGCUUUAUAAUAGAUAAUAGACACACAUAUGUAAUAAUUUCACUUUGUUGUUAUCAAAUUUCAUCAUUUAAAUAAAAAAUGGCAGUAUUGCAAUACUUUUAUUUUUUGAUUAAUGAACCUAGUUAUCUACAUCUUGACAAUUAUAUAAUUAACAUUACUGCUACUUGAGCUGGUUUGUUAGACCAAAAUACACAUUGAACUGUCAAACAUGUUGCUCUUCACCUUUGCUUCUUUUUGUGAUCUCACAU